UAUUUUAAAAUGUUUGUCACAUUAAAAUUGAAGUGAACUCUAAAUAACUCUAUAUUUGAAUAGUAUUAUUUUAAAUCCUAUGUUAAUUUAAACAUUUUAAAUGAAUGUUAAUAACAUAAAAUAAAUAAUUUAUAUUCAUAAUGUCGGACAAGAAUGAACAUAAACGUAGAUCGGGUAGUGGUUUGGGUAUAGCCAUAGGUGUGGCCGGAGUGGCUGCUGGAGUGGCCGCUGCUGUUUGGGAGUAUAAGAAGGAAAAGAGUGAAAUGGAUGGACAGCUGAUCCAAAUGCGAGAAGAGUGCGCCAAUCCAUUCGUCAGCGUAUAUAACGUGAAUCCAAUGGUCGGAGACCUGAUUGAGAUUCAGAGGAAAAACUACUCUCAUUGGGCUGUAUAUGUGGGAAACGGAUUCGUUAUACAUCUCAAUAGCAAUGAAAAUAUAUUUGAUACUGAAGUCAAAUAUACGGUCAAUUCAUUGACGGAUGUGGUGGAGGGCUGUGAAUGUCGGGUCAAUAAUCUGGAAACAGCCGCCAAAAGCAAGAAUUUGGUGGCACUGGAUGUCGAU